CCCCUGUCUUUGGCAAACAAUGGAGAGCCUGUCCUCUUCACUUCACUUCCCAUCUUACUACAUGAUUGAACGUGUCUUCUAAGACCGCCACUCAUUUAUGAUGUCUUUUAAACCACCGUCUACUCAAGAAGUACUUGAUGAAAUCGAGCGUCUCGACCAAGCCAUCACAAGGACUAUGCAGGAGAUUGAUGAAAGCUUUUCCAAAAGCCAAAUGACAGUAUCAACAAAGAUCAUACCGCAAGUGGAACGCUAUGCAGAAUCAUCAAGGAAAACCAGGGACGUUACACAGUACUGGCAUCGAUUUUUUCAAGCGACGUUGACCCCCAGGAAACCUAUUGGUCGUCAUAGAAAUCGGACGGCCAAAGAGGCUAGCAAUAAACAACACUCCACUAUAGAGGCAGAAAACUCUAGAGUGAGUCAAGGGGCACAAGAGCGCGUUGAUCUGCCACAUACUUUCGAUAUCUCUAACCAUGACCACGAUGAUGUUAAUCAGGAUGAGACCUCAACAAACCGUCAGCGAAUUGACGAAAUUGAUCUUUCGUCGUCUAGGCUUUCACCGGGGUUUUUGGGUAGUUCAUCGCUUGGAUCAAUGCCCUCGACACCCACUCCAAUACGUAGCAACCAUAAGAUAUCUCGUCUCCAACUAGGAGCUGAUGCCCGUCCUUCAUCUGGGAUCCUCUGGCCACAGCAUGAAAACCAUAACUCAUCACGAACAACGCCAAUUCGAAUGACUCGUCAAAAUGAACGAACUGCCGAAGAACCUGCAUCUACAAUACCAGCUAUUAUUCACAGCGACAGAUCAAUGUUAUUAUCGACAUUUAAUCGAGCAGAGCCGGCACCAUCAAAGAAGCAGUCUGAUCAAAGCCAAGCCAAUGAUACAGUUCUUGCGCCGUCAAAAACACAGUCCAAUCAGACUCAAAUUCCUGCAACAAGUAGCAAGGAUUGGGAAUCUACUGAGUUCAAUGUAGAUGAGGACCAUCAAGAUGUGAUCAGCUCCCCCACCACGCUUCAUACUUCAAUACCGGGAUCCAAGCCUGCAGUGACUCCGCAUUCGGCUGUAGCAAAGAGUCGUGUCGACAGGGUUCAGAUGAAGGAUGGGCUUGGUAUCCCACAGCCACUUUUGGUGAACAAUGAUGACGACGACGAUGCAGCCAUUUUAGAAAAGUACAGUGAGGUAGCACCUUCAAGAGAUUUAGGGAUCAAUGGAUCAAAGAAAAGGAGCCGGGGAGAGGAUUUUAUUGAGCCUCUAGAGGACACAGUUGAUGCCCAAUCUAAGAACUGGGCUUCAUUGACCGAUAAGCAACGGGAUAAUGAGCGGCUGUUUGUGAGUCCUCGUAAGAUGGCGAACGUCAAAGGGUUUUUUGCCCCUUCAUCCCGUUCACAAAGCAAUCUUUCUGGAGCACCUCACCAGGAGCAGGAGAGUGAUAACGAGGAGAGGAGCCAUAGUCCCACCCACAGGAGCAUUUCUCAACAUCAGUCCCAAGGAGAUUUUGUGGAUGAGGAUCCUUUACUCAAAGCACUCCAGACACCACCUGAAAUACGAAAAGCUAUGCAGAGAAUAAAAGCAAGGGAUUCUUUUAUUUCGAAGCAGCCAGCAUCAUCUUCAUCCUUAUCUUUGUUAUUCUCGAAGGCGUCAGAUGUCUUUACUGAUAAACCAUCCUUAGUUCGCUCAAGCAGUGGCACUGGGUCGAGACAGCCUUCAACCUCAACGUCAUCAGCAGCACAGCCUGCUUCUCUGCUCACAACAGCACCCACCAGCACCACUGCUGCAGAAGGCAUCAGUGCCAGUACUAUCAGUAGUGACAUUGGAGCAGCAUUCCUCGAAUCCUUUAAUUCUGCAUUUGCUGCCACAUCUAACCGCAGGCAAACAGUGGCUACUCCCAUUGGUUCUUCUAAAACACAAAUAAGGAGAGAUAUUCUAGGGACUGGUCAAAGUAGCGGGAGCAGUAUGGGUUCUAGUCCCCCGUCUUUCAUGACACCUUCGCCCUUAGCUAGGCUUGGUCGAUUUAGUCUUGUUGAUAGCUCGCGGCGUUCCGUGCACUCGAUAGUGCCAUCUCCAGCCACUCAGGCAGCUGCUUCUGCUAUCGCAUCUGCAGCAGCAGCUACAUCAUCAUCGUCAGAUAAGGAUCAAAUCGAUAGAUCUCACAGACCGACAGGGCAGACAUCCUCAGGUGAUGAGAGUGGAUUUGCAUCUAACGUUUUAAGUAGCGGCUCUAAUGUGGACUCUAUGCCUAUUCCAGCUUUCAAUGGCUCGAAUAUACUUGAACAAGAACAAGAUGAAGACAGAUUACUGUUAGAUAUGAUAGCAGGAUCAGGUGAACAACAAAGCUUUCCUGAAACAAGCUUCUCCUCCUCACAGGGAUUUCGAACACCAGCAUCGAACCGCAAUCCACCUCCAGCCCCUCGGCUGGGAUAUUAUUCUGACACAAUGACAACCCAGAGCAGUCUGGGUCUCAACCAUGAUGGAUGA